AUGGGAUUCAACACCGAGCUCACUCGCCGGCUCGGCAUCAAAGUACCCGUUGUCCAAGGUGGAAUGCAAUGGGUUGGAUACGCUGAGAUGGCAUCUGCCGUAUCCAACGCUGGUGGUCUAGGCAUUCUCACAGCUCUUACUCAGCCAACACCGGAAGAUCUGCGCCAGGAAAUCCGAAGAUGCAGAAACAUGACCAGCAACCCAUUCGCGGUCAACAUCACCCUUCUUCCCACGAUGAAUGCGCCUCCUUAUACCGAAUAUGCACAAGUGGUUAUUGAUGAAGGUAUUAAAGUGGUAGAAACCGCAGGAAACUCUCCCGGCCCGGUUAUCAAAAUGUUGAAGGCUGCCGGAAUCAUUAUUCUACACAAAUGCACCACCAUCCGACACGCUCAGUCGGCGGUGAAAUUGGGAGUCGAUUUCCUUUCCAUUGAUGGAUUCGAAUGUGCCGGCCAUGUGGGAGAAUCAGAUAUCACCAAUUUCAUCUUGCUGUCACGAGCGAGACAGACAUUGAAGGUCCCCUUCAUCGCCUCGGGUGGAUUUGCCGAUGGACAGGGACUAGCCGCCGCCCUCGCUCUUGGAGCUGAAGGUAUCAACAUGGGAACCCGGUUCAUGUGCACUGUGGAAGCACCAAUCCACGUCAAUAUCAAGCAAGCAAUCGUCGACGCAUCCGAACACGAUACUGAACUGGUCUUGCGAAGAUGGAGGAACACGUCCCGAUUGUUCAAGAACAAGGUCACCGAGGAGGCUGUCAAGAUCGAAAAGACCAGCACGACGGGGAAAUUUGAGGAGGUGGCACCUUUUGUCUCUGGCAAGCGGGGCCGCCAAGUCUUCCUUAACGGAGACAAGGACUACGGUGUCUGGACUGCCGGUCAAGUCAUCGGAUUGAUCCAUGAUAUUCCUACAUGCGCCGAACUUUUGUCUAGAAUUGAAAAGGAAGCCGCCGAAACGAUUGAACGAAACCGGAAAGUUUAUCAGUCUCAGAGUAAGCUAUGA